GACCGUGGAGGCGACCCGGCAGAAGAUUAAAACCGCUCCGGGCGCUGCAGCGAGCAGGAGAGAUGUUGCCACCCAGGCAGAGCCUCAGUGGGUCCGUGCAGCCCCGCAGAGCCUGGGCUGGAGGCAGUGCCCCCCUCCCACACCAGCUCACGCCUCUGGCACUCGCUCCACUUGUGGAAGCUCUGCUCGCGUCGGGGAACUCCUUCGUGUCGUGGCAGAGCUGAGGGAGGAGGUGAAUAGACUAAGGACCAUCAGGGAAUGUGACAGGGCGAUAGAUCGCUGGAGCAUCCCUCUCUCACAAACUCAGCAGGCUGCUGGAGUUAGUGCGGCUGAGCAACACCCACCUGCAAACUGCAAGGCUGGGGGAACAAGAGAUGGGGAAUGGCAGCAAUACUUGCCCGGAAACCUGCUCCCCCCACCGAAACAACAAACCCCCAGGUCCCCUGGAGAACAAAUAUAAAGCGCUGCAGGUGGAAUUCAUCCCCAAGAAUGGAGCAGAUGGCUCCCACAGCCUAGAAACAUGCCCUAGGCUGCGCCAUCCUCAGACAACCAUAAAAAACAUCCUCCGUAAAUAAGAAGCGGAGAGUGAUUGUCUUAGGGGAUUCCCUUCUAAAAGGAACAGAGGGACCCAUCUGCAGACCGGACCCGCUCCACAGGGAGGUCUGCUGCUUACCGGGGGUGUCAGUGAAGGAUGUCACUAGAAAACUUCCUUCCUUGGUCAAAGAGACAGAUUAUUACCCUCUGGUAGUGUUUCAAAACGACAAUGAUGACAUACAGUGCAGGAAGCUGAAAGCCAUUAAGAGAGACUUUAGGACUCUAGGGAGAACGAUGGAGGGCUCUGGGGCACAAGUACUGUUUAGUUCCAUUCCAACGCUGAGGAGUGAGGAGCAGGAGGUCAGAGAGAAGCACUUAAUUAAUGCCUGGCUCCGAGCCUGGUGUGAGCCUUCUCCCCAGAAAGCCCCGUCGGUGGCCGUUCUCCAGGGACAGCUCUUUCCCAGCUCGGCCCCCGGAGCCUCCUGCCCGCCGCCGUCCGCCCAGCAGCUCAGCCCCCGCCCCGCACGGGGCCGCAGCGGGCGCCGCUCCCACCGCCUCCACCUCCGCGCAGCGGCAGCGACCGCUCUGUGCGGCGGCCCGACCCGCACGGCGUUGCCGCGAUCCGCCCGCAGCGGCGUCACGGAGCGGGGCGAGGGACGGACGCCUGAGCCUGCUCUAGGAACCCUUCGACGGCCUCGGCGGCGGAGCCCGGGGCUCGACUCCGGGCUGCCCCGCACGGACGGGCUGAGGCUCUGCGAGCCCGGGCGGCUCCGAACCCGCACCGGGUUAAAGCCCCGACGGGCUCCAGCGGGCUCUGCAUUAGAGAGGGCUUCGAUAGCCUCGAGCUCGAUACCAGUGGCGAGAGGAUUGAGCGUCUGCGGGCGAAAAUCAGAGGAGCCCACGAGAAGGCAGCUGCGUGAUGGGAGUCUGUCACAGAUCGCCCAGCCAGGAGGAAGAGGCUGACCGGCUCUUUUACAAACAACGCGUCUCAACAUCGCCAGCUCUUGUCCUUGUGGUGACUUUCACCUACCGGCUGUCUGCUGGAAGUGCGCUACAGCAGAGAGGAAGCAGUCUGGGAGGAUCCUGGAGUGUGUGGAAGACAAGUUCCUCACCAGCUGGUGAGGGAGCCGAGGAGGGAAGGCGCCCUCCUGGACCUGCUCUCCGCAGACAGAGAAGUUCAUCUGCAUCAGCUAUAGGAGGCUAUGUGCUAUUUUCCUGCUUCAAUGGGAGGAAGAAAGGAUGUUCCAGUGCUUCUUCCAGAGUAAUGCGCGUGGCUGGGUCAUACUCCAGCAUCUUCCCAAUCAGAUCAAACAGAUUCUCAUGGUCAGAAUCGUGGCACAUCAUGUAUUCCUUCACGAAGAAAACAACAAAACACGGGCUUCCAGUCUUAGAAUUGCACUUGGAGCUCCUCUGCCCAGAAGCAUCUUCCCCCUGCACUCUUACCUUCAGAGGUUUACAGUGCCCUGAGACAUAUUG